AUGCCUGGUCCAGGAUCUUGCCUGGUCCAGGAGCGUGCCUGGAGCUUGCCCUUCCAUCACCCCGCCCCAUUCUCUCUCCUUCCAUCACCCCGCCCCAUUCUCCUGCCUUCCAUCAUCUCCCAUCACCCCGCCCCAUUCUCCCUCCUUCCAUCACCCCGCCCCAUUCUCCCGCUUUCCAUCACCCCGCCCCAUUCUCCCGCUUUCCAUCACCCUGCCCCAUUCUCCCGCUUUCCAUCACCCCGCCCCAUUCUCCCGCUUUCCAUCACCCCGCCGCAUUCUCCCGCUUUCCAUCACCCGCCGCAUUCUCCCGCUUUCCAUAACCCCGCCCCAAUCUCCCUCCUUCCAUCACCCCGCCCCAUUCUCCCUCCUUCCAUCACCCCGCCCCAUUCUCCCGCUUUCCAUCACCCCGCCCCAUUAUCCCGCUUUCCUUCACCCCGCCCCAUUCUCCCUCCUUCCAUCACCCCGCCACAUUCUCCCGCUUUCCAUCACCCCGCCCCAUUCUCCCGCUUUCCAUCACCCCGUCCAUCACCCCGCCCCAUUCUACCGCCUUCCAUCACCCCACCCCAUUCUCGCUCCUUCCAUCAGCCCGCCCCAUUCUCCCUCCUUCCAUCACCCCGCCCCAUUCUCCCGCUUUCCAUCACCUCGCACCAUUCUCCCGCUUUCCAUCACCCCGCCCCAUUCUCCCGCUUUCCAUCACCCCGCCCCAUUCUCCCGCUUUCCAUCACCUCGCCCCAUUCUCCCUCCUUCCAUCACCCCGCGCCAUUCUCCCUCCUUCCAUCAUCCCGCCCCAUUCUCCCGCUUUCCAUCACCCCGCCCCAUUCUCCCGCUUUCCAUCACCCCGCCCCAUUCUCCCGCUUUCCAUCACCCCGCCCCAUUCUCCGCUUUCCUUCACCCCGCCCCUUUCUCCCUCCUUCCAUCACCCCGCCACAUUCUCCCGCUUUCCAUCACCCCGCCCCAUUCUCCCGCUUUCCAUCACCCCGCCCCAUUCUCCCUCCUUCCAUCACCCCGCCCCAUUCUCCCUCCUUCCAUCAUCCCGCCCCAUUCUCCCUCUUUCCAUCACCCCGCUCCAUUCUCCCGCCUUCCAUCACCCCCCAUCACCCCGCCCCAUUCUCCCUCCUUCCAUCACCCUGCCCCAUUCUCCCUCCUUCCAUCACCCCGCCCCAUUCUCCCGCAUUCCAUCACCCUGCCCCAUUCUCCCGCUUUCCUUUACCCCGCCCCAUUCUCCCGCUUUCCAUCACCCCGCCCCAUUCUCCCGCUUUCCAUCACCCCGCCCCAUUCUCCCGCUUUCCAUCACCCUGCCCCAUUCUCCCGCUUUCCAUCACCCCGCCCCAUUCUCCCUCCUUCCAUCACCCCGCCCCAUUCUCCCACUUUCCAUCACCCCGCCCCAUUCUCCCUCCUGCCAUCACCACGCCCCAUUCUCCCUCCUUCCAUCACCCCGCCCCAUUCUCUUUCUUUCCAUCACCCCGCCCCAUUUUCCCGCUUUCCAUCACCCGCCCCAUUCUCCCUCCUUCCAUCACCCCGCCCCAUUCUCCCUCCUUCCAUCUGCUCGCCCCAUUCUCCCGCUUUCCAUCACCCCGCCCCAUUCUCCCGCUUUCCAUCACCCCACCCUUUUCUCCUGCUUUCCAUCACCCUGCCCCAUUCUCCCGCUUUCCAUCACCCCGCCCCAUUCUCCCGCUUUCCAUCACCCCGCCCCAUUCUCCCGCUUUCCAUCACCCCGCCCCAUUCUCCCGCCUUCCAUCACCCCGCCCCAUUCUCCCUCCUUCCAUCACCCCGCCCCAUUCUCCCGCCUUCCAUCACCCCACCCAAUUCUCCCGCUUUCCAUCACCCCGCCCCAUUCUCCCGCUUUCCAUCACCCCGCCCCAUUCUCCCGCUUUCCAUCACCCCGCCCCAUUCUACUGCUUUCCAUCACCCCGCCCCAUUCUCCCACUUUCCAUCACCCCGCCCCAUUCUCCCUCCUUCCAUCACCCCGCCCCAUUCUCCCGCUUUCCAUCACCCCACCCCAUUCUCCCUCCUUCCAUCACCCUGCCCUAUUCUCCCUCCUUCCAUCACCCCGCCCCAUUCUCCUGCUUUCCAUCACCCCGCCCCAUUCUCCCUCCUUCCAUCACCGCGCCCCAUUCUCCCUCCUUCCAUCACCCCGCCCCAUUCUCCCGCUUUCCAUCACCCCGCCCCAUUCUCCCGCUUUCCAUCGCCCCAUUCUCCCACUUUCCAUCACCCCGCCCCAUUCUCCCGCUUUCCAUCUCCCCGCCCCAUUCUCCCGCUUUCCAUCACCCCGCCCCAUUCUCCCGCUUUCCAUCACCUUGCCCCAUUCUCCCUCCUUCCAUCACCCCGCCCCAUUCUCCCGCUUUCCAUCACCCCACCCCAUUCUCCCUCCUUCCAUCACCCCGCCCCAUUCUCCCUCCUUCCAUCACCCCGCCCCAUUCUCCCUCUUUCCAUCACCCCGCCCCAUUCUCCCGCUUUCCAUCUCCCCGCCCCAUUCUCCCUCCUUCCGCCCCAUUCUCCCUCCUUCCAUCACCCCGCCCCAUUCUCCCGCUUUCCAUCAUCCCGCCCCAUUCUCCAGCUUUCCAUCACCCCGCCCCAUUCUCCCGCUUUCCAUCACCCCGCCCCAUUCUCCUUCCUUCCAUCACCCCGCCCCAUUCUCCCGCUUUCCAUCACCCCGCCCCAUUCUCCCGCUUUCCAUCACCCUGCCCCAUUCUCCCGCUUUCCAUCACCCUGCCCCAUUCUCCCGCUUUCCAUCACCCCAUCCCAUUCUCCCGCUUUUCAUCACCCCGCCCCAUUCUCCCUUCUUCCAUCACCCCGCCCCAUUCUCCCGCUUUCCAUCACCCCGCCCCAUUCUCCCGCUUUCCAUCUCCCUGCCCCAUUCUCCCGCUUUCCAUCACCCCGCCCCAUUCUCCCGCUUUCCAUCACCCCGCCCCAUUCUCCCGCUUUCCAUCACCGCGCCCCCUUCUCCCGCUUACCAUCACCCCGCCCCAUUCUCUUGCUUUCCAUCACCCCGCCCCAUCUCCCGCUUUCCAUCACCCCACCCCAUUCUCCCUCCUUCCAUCAACCCGCCCCAUUCUCCCGCUUUCCAUCACCCUGCCCCAUUCUCCCUCCUUCCAUCACCUUUCCCCAUUCUCCCUCCUUCCAUCACCCCACCCCAUUCUCCCGCUUUCCAUCACCCCGCCCCAUUCUCCCGCUUUCCAUCACCCCGCCCCAUUCUCCCUCCUUCCAUCACCCCACCCCAUUCUCCCUCCUUCCAUCACCCCGCCCCAUUCUCCCUCUUUCCAUCACCCCGCCCCAUUCUCCCGCUUUCCAUCUCCCCGCCCCAUUCUCCCUCCUUCUCCCCAUUCUCCCUCCUUCCAUCACCCCGCCCCAUUCUCCCGCUUUCCAUCACCCCGCCCCAUUCUCCCGCUUUCCAUCACCCCGCCCCAUUCUCGCGCUUUCCAUCACCCCGCCCCAUUCUCCCGCUUUCCAUCACCCCGCCCCAUUCUCCCUCCUUCCAUAAACCCGUCCCAUUCUCCCGCUUUCCAUCAUCCCGCCCCAUUCUCCAGCUUUCCAUCACCCCGCCCCAUUCUCCCGCUUUCCGUCACCCCGCCCCAUUCUCCCGCUUUCCAUCACCCCGCCCCAUUCUCCCGCUUUCCAUCACCCCGCCCCAUUUUCCCGCUUUCCAUCACCCCGCCCCAUUCUCCCUCCUUCCAUAAACCCGUCCCAUUCUCCCUCCUUCCAUCAUCCCGCCCCAUUCUCCAGCUUUCCAUCACCCCGCCCCAUUCUCCCGCUUUCCAUCACCCCGCCCCAUUCUCCUUCCUUCCAUCACCCCGCCCCAUUCUCCCGCUUUCCAUCACCCCGCCCCAUUCUCCCGCUUUCCAUCACCCUGCCCCAUUCUCCCGCUUUCCAUCACCCUGCCCCAUUCUCCCGCUUUCCAUCACCCCGUCCCAUUCUCCCGCUUUCCAUCACCCCGCCCCAUUCUCCCGCUUUCCAUCACCCCGCCCCAUUCUCCCGCUUUCCAUCGCCCCGCCCCAUUCUCCCGCUUUCCAUCACCCCGCCCCAUUUUCCCGCUUUCCAUCUGGACCAGGCAAGCUCCUGGUCCAGGCAAGCUCCUGGACCAGGCAAGCUCUUGGACCAGGCAAGCUCUUGGACCAGGCAAGCUCCUGGACCUGGCAAGCUCUUGACCAGGCAAGCUCUUGGACCAGGCAAGCUCCUGGACCAGGCAAUCUCCUGGACCAGGCACGCUCCAGGACUAGGCAUGAUCCUGGACCAGGCAAGAUCCUGGACCAGGUAAGCUCCUGGACCAGGCAAGCUCCUGGACCAGGCAAGCUCCUGGACCAGGAAAGCUUCUAUACCAGGCAAGCUCCUGGACCAGGCAAGCUCCUGGACCAGGCAACCUCCUGGACCAGGCAAGCUCCAGGACCAGGCAAGCUCUUGGACCAGGCACGCUCCUGGACCAGGCAAGAUCCUGGACCAGGCAAGAUCCUGGACCAGGCAUGCUCCUGGACCAGGAAAGCUCCUGGACCAGGCAAGCUCGUGGACCAGGCAAGCUCCUGGACCAGGCAAGCUCCUGUACCAGGCACGCUCCUGGACUAG